AUGGGCACUGUCGUUUUCUCGGCUUAUGCAAAUGAGCAGCGCGAUCUGAGAUGGGUAUCCAUCUCGCUGUCUGCGGUUGCGCUGGUAUUGCUUACGAUGCGUUUGACGACCACAUGGCAGAACCGCGGAUGGUUUGGGCUCGAAGAUGCGUUUGUCAUUGCCUCUACACACGUAGCAGACAUCAAAGCGACAGGAGGUGACGUCCGCGAAGCACUCAAGUACUUCUAUCUCACAGUUGUGUUCUACAUCCUUACGAACGGAAUGAACAAAUUCGCUUUCCUCAUGCUUUACCACCGCGUCUUUCCAGUUGCCGGUUUUCGCAAAGUCCUGUAUGUCAUGAUGGGAAUAAGCGGCCUCUGGACCAUCUCGUAUUUGAUCGUUGGUAUCUUCCAGUGUAAUCCAGUCGCACGCGUCUACGAUCGCACGAUUCCAGGUACCUGCAUAAACUUUGCAUGGCAUCGCUGGACGAACGCCAUCUCCAACCUCGUCACUGACCUCAUAAUCUUCUUCCUCCCACUCCCCCUCAUCAUGAAACUCAACAUGUCCCUCGGCAACCGCAUCGGCCUCAUCAUCCUCUUCAGCAUUGGCUUCUUUAUUUGCCUCAUCACAACGCUACGCAUGGCGACACUCCCUCAGACGCUCAAGCUCAAAGAGCCAACGUGGGAGUCCGCUCCUACGAACCUGUGGUCCUUCAUCGAGGCUGCGGUCGGUGUGAUAUGCGCAUGCUUGAUCAGCCUGCGGCGAACGAUAUCGAGGUUUUGGCCGCAGAGGUGGCGCAGUACGAAGGGUGCGAGUGCGGGAUACUAUGCGCGAUAUGGAGGGGACAGCACUACAGGUGGGAAGAUGUCCAGGGGCACAUUUGGGAAGGGGCAAGCUGGGAGUUUUCAUCUAGACGCACUAAAGAGUGGGAGAAAGGACGUGAAGAGUGAGGCAGUGAUUAGUCUGGUUAGUCGGAGUGAGUCGCAGGAGCGGAUUUUUGAGGGAAUUACGGUGACGAAGGAUGUCCAAGUAACUCGUGAUUGA